CUCACAAUGUUCUCUGGUUUCACUGUACUCGCCAUUCUGUGCAGCAGCCUCGCCGCAGCCGAGAUACUGGAGUGUUACAAGUGCUCCGAUGGAAUAGAUAGCAAAGCAACUAUGCCAUGCUCAAAGCUACAGAACUCACCCAAGUACAGGGUACAGUGUGCAAACUCUACAAUGUGUGAGAAGAAAGUGAUAUCGAUAAUACUAAAAAAUGGAACGAAAUGGUCAACACAUCAUAGAGAUUGCGCAAAGCAAGUGGCAAUCACCUAUAAGCUCAUAAAUCGGAUUUAUACCCAUGUUUAUUCCAUAGAAGAGCCCUACAAGGAUGGCUGCACUGAAUCGAACUCGCAUAACAUGCUGUCAGCAGCCGUGGAACAUUGCCAUUGCCGGGGCAACUUGUGUAAUUCAGCGCCUUAUCGCGACCUCAACAUCCUUAUUAUAAUAACAUAUGUACUGACGCUGUUAAGCAACUUACAACUACUCAUUGAGAUAUGAAUGUUCUUAGCUUUGUCAGAUUAUAUAGAAUUACUGCAGUUAUGUGGGGGAUUGCUAGCUAAGCACGAACAUUUUUUAAGUAACUUAAAUAAAGAAGAAGUUGUAAACAAAAAUCAAUUCCGGCUUGUCGCCAAAUCUACUCAUUAAGUAGCUUA